CCUGCGGCCGUUUUAGUCCUGCUGCAGCCCGGGGGUGGGGUAAGGCGCUCCGCAGAUUUUCCUUUCUUUCCCUUUGGGAGGCAAGGGCCGAGGGACCUUCAGUGCCUCCUAGCCUCACGUAGGCACUCGGGGGUUAACAGCCUCGACUGACGGCCUCGGGGUGUCCGGAAGGACUUGAAAUUCUCCAUCAGUGAAAUCCUAGCUUCUGCGGAGCGACAGCUCUCCUACUCGGGACCCUGGCCGAGCCCGGUAGUAGGGCUGGAAGCAGCCUAGCUCCUCCUGGUAGGCCGAGGUCGCUACUCCCCACCCCUCUCCAACGCUGCAUAUUCGCUCCCCCAGGACUCAGUGGAAGGGGGCCAGUAGCUUGGCCAGCUCCAGCCCGUUGUCCCUCGGGUCGCCCUGCCCUACAAGCCUUUCUCCUGAAAGACACAUUCCAGAAAUCUCACUCUUAGCUGACAGGAGCGUUGGAUCCCAGACCUGAACCAGGCAGAUUGAGCUCCCCUGCAGUAAUGAAAGGAGAUAACACUGAAAUUUCUGAUCCCAGAAUCCCGUUGAAAACUGCCCCUGAAUGAUGGGUGAGACAUUCUCCCGUUUGGGCUCUCGGGAGGAGAACAGGUCUAUCCUGCCGCCCAGCCCGGCCACUGGCAGCAACGCUGCCCGAUACUCCAGCACCCGAAGCAGCAAAUCCUUCUGUUCCCGAGCUCCUUGUGAAGGGGCUGCCCGUGCCAGCUUUGUGAUUUGUCCCACCUGUCAGGGCAGCGGGGAGAUCCCACAAGAGCUAGAGAAGCAGCUAGUGGCCCUCAUCCCCUAUGGGGACCAGAGGCUGAAGCCCAGGCGCACGAAGCUUUUCGUGUUCCUGGCCGUCCUCAUCUGCCUUUUAACCUCCUCCCUCAUCGUCUUUUUCCUGUUUCCCCGGUCCAUCGCCGUGCAGCCUGCGGGCCUCAACUCCUCCACAGUGGCCUUUGACGAGGCUGACAUCCACCUCAACAUAACGAAUAUCUUGAACAUCUCCAAUAGCAACUACUACCCCAUCACGGUGACCCAGCUGACCAUCGAGGUUCUGCACCUGUCCCUCGUGGUGGGGCAGGUCACCAAUAGCCUCCUCCUCCACAUCGGUCCUUUGGCCAGUGAACAGAUGUUUUAUGCAGUGGCCAACAAAAUCUGGGAUGAAAACACAUACAAAAUCUGUUCCUGGAUGAAAAUCAAAGUCCACCACGUGCUUUUGCACAUCCAGGGCACCCUGACCUGUUCCUACCUGAGCCAUUCAGAGCAGCUAGUCUUCCAGAACUAUGAGUACGUGGACUGCCGGGGAAACUCUUCAGUGCCCCACUUGCUGGUCCCUCAUCCUCCGUGACCUGCCUGCUGGUCCCGCACUCCAGGCCGCUGCCAGCCUGGGCUGUAUCUCCCAGAACCCAAGGAAGGACUACGGUGACUUUGCCAAAGGAAAAGCUCUUCUUUAUUCUACCUCCCCCCACCACACACACCCCCUCAACCACAGGAAGCCCUAUGUGGACGUUAA